AUGGCAGCUGCAGAAAAGCCCGUACGUGUGGACAAAAUGGGGGCCCGAAUGCUAUUCAACUUUCUAUCCAAACUUGGCCUGAAAGAAUUUUAUCCCAACAAACUUACUCUUCAUUCUCUCUUGGAGAUCAACAAAAGCAACAUAUAUGAAGAAGCUGUUGAAUCAGUUGAGAAAAUACCAUGGUGUUUUCUCAGAAAACUGUUUAAAAUCAAUGCUGAAUGCAGGAGCUGUACACAAUCAUUAAUCAAUGACGCUGCAGGAGAUAAUAGGGUUAACCCUCUCGACCUCAUAGUUGCACUCUUCCUUUGUGCUGACAGCUUCUUGCAACAAGAAAUGGCCCUCAAGAUGUCAAUGUGCCAGUUUCCUGUCCCUCUGCUGUUGCCCCAUGGUAAUAGGAGUCAGUGUACCUUGAUGCUGUGGGCUCUCAGAGACAUCGUCAAAGAGUGGCGUCCACAUGAUUUGUCUGAAUCAAGAGGGUUUGUCGAAGAAAACAUUGUCCAAGCAAAUAUACCGUGCUAUUCCUUUGUCAGACUGAAGAACUGCAGCUUAUCAAAGUCCCAGAUUCUGAAUCAUGUUCUCAACAGUGGACAACAGAAUAACAAUAUCUUCAUAAACAGAGAAAUGGAAGGAGGAGCAGAUGAAAGACAAAUUGCAAAUGGAUUGGUGGAGGUUUGCUGGUACCUUCCCUCUGGCAAAGGAAAAAUGGACAUAUUUCCAGAGCCAGUUGCCAUUGUGAAUUUGCGAGGAGAGAUUUCUGAGUCACUCACACAAUUCAACUUUCUUUUUCAAGUGUCAACAGCUACAUUUGUAUUCCUGGACAAAGUUGAAGAAAAUGAGCACAGGAUUCUGACUUCUCUUCAAGAUGUGAAAUCCAAACUCUUCUUAGUUAUCAAUCAAAUGAAAGGACAGAAAUUGACGUGUGUCAAGACAAUGGUUGACGAAUUAGAUUUACCAAGUAGCAGAGUUAAGGUCAAAAACCCAAAGACCAAUGUUGCAGAGUUUUCAAAAACACUUAAUGAGGCGAUCAAGACACCCCUGUUAGGUGUCAAAACCACAAGCAUUGUAAAUAUGUUCGACAAAGCUGUUGAACUUGGUCUGUGUGUGGACGAAAGCAAAACUGACAAACAUCAGAAAGCAGCUGAGGAGAUCAUGGACAGCAUUGGGAUGCAACGUAUACAGGACUACAAGAAACAACAACUUCCUUUACAAGGAGAGAACUGGAAAAGGUUAUCAAAGUUAGAAAAGGAGGAGUGUAGAUUGAGGGAAUCUGGUGACACAAGCCUUGAAAAGUAUAAAUGUCAGCUACAGGAAGAAAAACAGCGAAUUAGGGAAGAGCAAAGAAAAUACAAAAUGUCCAAAGGAAUGAAGAGUUUUAUUGAAUAUCUAUCUACAGCUGACAAAGAAAAGAGAGAUUUUUUUUUCAAGUGGAUGAAACUCAAGUUUAAUACACGUUCACAGAAAGAACUGUCUGUGUUGCGUAACAAAUUCAAAGAGCAAUGCAAUAACAAAAAUACAAAACUCAUGGCAGAGGUAGAUCAAGCGUUGUUGGAUAGCUCUUUAGGAAUAGAGCAUUACAUGAGAGAGAUGGGACUGAUCUAUGAGUUCUCCAUUAUCAGCUCAACAAAAACUGCAGAUGAAAUAUCUUGUCUCCCUGGUUUGGCUGCUGAAAUGUUGUUGGAUGGAUAUCCUUUAGAGCUCUUGGAUGGAGAUGCUUCCAACAUCCCAGAGAGGUGGGUGACAGAUGUGCUGAUGGAGCUUCACAAGAAGGUUGGACAGAAGAGCAGACUGUUGGUACUGACUGUGUUGGGUGUUCAAAGUAGCGGGAAGUCAACACUCCUCAACACCAUGUUUGGUGUGCAGUUUCCUGUCAGCAGCGGCAGAUGCACAAGAGGAGCUUUCAUGCUCUUCCUCAAAGUUGGAGAGGAUAUGCAAAGCGAUAUGAACUGUGACUUUAUAGUUCUCAUUGACACAGAGGGUCUAAAGUCUCCACAUUUGGCACAAUUAGAGGACAGUUAUGAGCAUGACAACCAGCUGGCAACCUUUGUCAUUGGCUUGAGUGAUAUCACUGUUAUCAACAUUGCAAUGGAAAACUCAAAUGAAAUGAAGGAUGUCCUGCAAAUUGCAACUCAUGCAUUCUUGAGAAUGAAAGAAAUUGGUAAAAAGCCAGUUUGUCAUUUUGUUCACCAGAAUGUUGCUGCAGUUUCAGCUCAUGCAAAAACCAUGACUGACAGAAAACAUCUCUUGGACCAACUCAAUGAAAUGACUCAACUUGCAGCUGAAAUGGAAAAGCAACCUGGUAUUAAAGCAUUCACAGAUUUGCUGGAAUAUGACAUCGAAAAGAACAACUGGAACAUCCCAGGACUCUGGCAUGGAACCCCACCAAUGGCACCAGUGAACACAGGUUACAGUGAAGCUGUGGCAGAUUUCAAGAAAAAACUUUUGAAGACGGUAAAAAGUGACACAAGAGAUGAAGUCUCACAGAUCCCAGAGUUUCUAGAAUGGAUGAGAAGUCUCUGGAAAGCAGUGAAAUAUGAGAACUUCAUCUUUAGCUUCAGAAACACUCUUGCAGCUCAUGCCUAUGACAACCUUUGCAAAGAGUUUAAUCAGUGGGAAUGGGAAUUCAGAAAAGAAAUUCUCUCCUGGCAGACAGAAGCAGAGUUAGAAAUCUUAAAUGCUGACAAUGAAUCUCAGCUAGAAACCUGGAACAGACUGGUUACAUCAAAAAAAUCUGAGGUGUCAGAGAAAAUAACAGACCAACAAAAAAUAAUGAAGGAGAAACUCUCUGACUACUACAAAAGGAAAGACAAACAUGUAAAUCUGAUAGAGAAACAAAAAGGUGACUUUUUCAACAGUAUCACUAAACUUGGAAACGAAAUUAAACACUCUGUUUGUAUUAAACUGGACUGCAUCCUUGAACAAAAAAUAAGUUCCAAAAAGGCUCAGGACAUUCAGAGAGAUUACAGAGGUGUGAUUGAAGAGCGAGUCAUGAAGCUCCUAAGUGACUGCAAGGAGUCCAAACUGUCCGAUGAACAGCUGACAUAUGAGUUUGAAAAGAUGUGGGCUGAAGCCACCAUAAAUGUGUCUGGUCUGAAGGAGCGUGAUAUAAUAGCAUGUGUCCUGAAGCAGAUGAGAAAAAAUUUCUCAAACCUGAAUGUCAAUGAGAAAUUGCAGAAUAUUGAAGAUCUGAAGGAGAUCGGGAGGGAUCCAUUUAAAACUACAAUUCAUCACACAGACUCCUUUAUGAAGAAGUUUAAAAAACUGUGGAGAGCAGAUGUGCAGAGCUUUGCCGACAGUGUCAUUGAGUCUUGUACACGGUUCAUACUUGAUAAAGUGAAGACGACUGGAGAUUACCAAGACUCCUUCACAAAGGAUCUUCUGGAAAAAAUUGAUGAGUUCCUUACACAAAGCCACAAGCCCCGCAAAACAACUACACAGUUUGAGAUUGAUCUGAAGCUUCACAUCUGUGGCAUUGCCUCAAGAGAGUUCCUUCACAUGCACAGGAAAUUCUUAUCAGACAAUGAUCCUCGGACUCCGCUGGAGAAGUACAAGACUCAGUACCUGUCAGAUUUUCUUGAUUUGUACAAAGAGAGAGAUCACUGCCAACAGUUCCCUGUGAGGCUGGAGGCAAAGAACACAAGAAACAUCAUGCAGCUGUGCAUCGGCCACAAGGUCUUGGAGAGUAUAUGA